AUGGACGGAGCCAUGUCCCGAUAUUUUAAAGCACAUAUUAGCAACGAGUCUUGCAUUGAAAUGUAUUACAGCCCCCGAGAAUUAUUGUUUCGAUGCCCGUCACUGAGGGCCGCAGAAUAUGAAGUAACAGUAUUAAAUUCGGUUUCGGCGUUAAUUGCUGGUUGUGCAUACAUAACAUAUUCAUCGAGCAUAUUGAUACAGCAAUCAUAUCUGAUGUGGUUUGGCAGUAAAGAAGAAAAGGGGCAAGAUUGCUACAAUCCGAAUUUGGAGUAUUUUCGUUAUAACUGUUUAACAAAAGAUCUCGUCUUGAAUAAAGACACAAUCGAAGGACUGAUGUACUUAAGACUGUACGCAGACGAUUAUAACAAAACUGGUACACCGGAUUACAAAUGUGCAUUGUACGAGACAAUCAAUGGAAACCGCACUCAUUUCCGGUUUGCGAUUAGCCCGAACAAAACGUGCAAAGGAUUGAUUGACGUUCUUUACCCACCACGAGAUAUGUUGUUUUCUGAUUCCAACCCUGGGGCCGUGUUGUUAUCCUUCAAUAGCAAAAAUUUCGAACCUAGAUUAAGAAAGGUAUCGACGACAUGCCUUACCUUAAAAUAUGAUGGUAAUGGUGGAAAUGGUUCAGUUACAAAUACAACAACAACUAACAUUACCAAAAAUUAA